AUGACACUGAUGACGCCUCCUCCAAUGGAACCUGAGGACGACGAGAUGCUUGUACCUCAUUCUGAUUUUCCAGUUGAAGGUCCUCAACCUAUGGAAGUUGCUCCCGCGGAAGCUACGAGUACGGGUGAUGUGCAGGCAGCCGAUGAUCCGCCAUCAGCUCGCUUUACUUGGACAAUUGAGAACUUCUCGAGGCUGAACGUCAAGAAGCUAUAUUCAGAAGUCUUCUACGUCGGAGGAUAUAAAUGGCGCGUGCUAAUUUUUCCUAAAGGGAAUAAUGUGGACCAUUUAUCCAUGUAUCUCGAUGUUGCCGAUUCAACAACAUUGCCAUAUGGUUGGAGCAGAUAUGCCCAGUUUAGCUUGGCUGUGGCCAAUCAGAUUCAUGGAAAGUACACUGUUAGGAAAGAUACGCAACACCAAUUUAAUGCAAGGGAAAGUGACUGGGGUUUCACUUCAUUUAUGCCUCUUAGUGAACUAUAUGAUCCAAGUAGAGGUUAUCUAGUGAAUGACACUUGCAUCGUGGAAGCUGAUGUUGCUGUUCGUAGAGUUUCUGAGUAUCUUUCCCAUGACUCGAAAAAAGAAACCGGCUAUGUUGGACUCAAGAAUCAGGGAGCUACUUGUUACAUGAAUUCUCUCCUACAAACAUUGUAUCACAUCCCAUAUUUUAGAAAGGCUGUGUACCACAUGCCAACAACAGAGAACGAUAUGCCAUCAGGAAGCAUCCCUUUAGCAUUGCAGAGCUUAUUCUAUAAGCUUCAAUAUAGCGACACUAGUGUUGCAACAAAAGAGUUGACAAAGUCAUUCGGGUGGGAUACAUACGACUCGUUCAUGCAGCAUGACGUUCAAGAACUUAAUAGGGUUCUUUGUGAGAAACUUGAGGACAAAAUGAAGGGAACUGUUGUGGAGGGUACAAUUCAGCAAUUAUUUGAAGGUCACCACAUGAAUUACAUUGAAUGCAUUAAUGUGGACUUCAAGUCUACGAGGAAAGAAUCUUUUUAUGAUCUUCAACUUGACGUGAAAGGAUGCAAGGAUGUAUAUGCUUCGUUUGACAAAUAUGUAGAAGUUGAACGCCUAGAGGGUGAUAACAAAUAUCACGCUGAACAAUAUGGAUUGCAGGAUGCAAGGAAAGGUACUCUGUUCAUCGACUUCCCUCCUGUUCUUCAGCUUCAGUUAAAACGAUUUGAGUAUGAUUUUAUACGAGAUACCAUGGUUAAGAUAAAUGAUCGUUAUGAGUUCCCAUUGCAACUUGAUCUUGAUAGGGAGAAUGGAAAGUAUCUUUCUCCUGAGGCUGAUCGGAGUGUGAGGAAUCUCUACACUCUUCACAGUGUAUUGGUUCAUAGUGGAGGGGUUCAUGGUGGACACUAUUAUGCAUACAUCAGGCCAACUUUAUCAGACCAAUGGCUCAAAUUUGAUGAUGAACGUGUUACAAAAGAGGACAUGAAGCGGGCAUUGGAAGAGCAGUAUGGUGGUGAAGAAGAGCUGCCACAGGCAAAUCCUGGCUUCAACAAUACACCAUUCAAGUUUACUAAGUAUUCAAAUGCAUACAUGCUUGUGUAUAUACGUGAAAGUGACAAAGAGAAAAUAAUAUGCAAUGUGGAUGAAAAGGAUAUUGCAGAACAUUUGAGGAUAAGGUUGAAGAAAGAACGAGAAGAAAAGGAGCAAAAGAGAAAGGAAAAAGCAGAGGCUCAUCUCUACACGAUCAUUAAGGUUGCUCGUGAUGAGGACCUGACUAAGCAAAUUGGAAAAGAGAUAUACUUUGACCUGGUGGAUCAUGAUAAAGUCCGUUGUUUCCGAAUUCAGAAACAGUUGCCUUUUAAUCUUUUCAAGGAGGAAGUUGCGAAGGAAUUUGGUAUUCCAGUGCAAUGCCAACGCUUCUGGCUAUGGGCAAAGCGACAGAACCACACAUACCGGCCCAAUAGGCCUUUGACUCCUCAUGAGGAGGGUCAAUCUGUUGGGCAACUGAGAGAGGUAUCUAAUAAAGCAAACAAUGCUGAACUGAAAUUAUUCUUGGAAGUGGAGAUGGGCCUGGACUUGCGGCCGAUUCCUUUACCUGAUAAAUCUAAGGAGGAAAUUCUUUUGUUCUUCAAACUUUAUGACCCUUUCAAGGAGGAAUUGCGUUAUGUUGGGCGAUUGUUUGUGAAAGGUAGUGGCAAACCUAUUGAAGUCUUGGGUAAGCUAAAUGACAUGGCUGGUUUUGCUCCUGAUGAAGAAAUUGAGCUUUUUGAGGAAAUUAAAUUUGAACCUACCGUCAUGUGCGAGCAUAUUGACAAGAAGGCCAAUUUUCGAGCUAGUCAGCUUGAAGAUGGCGAUAUUAUCUGCUUUCAAAAGUCUCUUUUGGGUCAAAAUGUUGACCAGUGUCGUUAUCCUGAUGUUCCUUCAUUUUUGGAAUAUGUGCAUAAUCGCCAGGUUGUACGCUUCCGGUCGCUGGAGAAACCUAAGGAGGAUGAGUUCUCUCUUGAGUUGUCAAAGCAGAAUAACUAUGAUGAAGUUGUUGAAAGUGUUGCUCGUCACCUGAAUUUGGAUGACCCAUCUAAAAUUAGGCUUACGUCGCACAACUGUUAUUCUCAACAGCCAAAACCCCAACCAAUAAAGUACAGAGGUGUUGAUCAUCUUACGGACAUGUUGAUUCACUACAAUCAGUCCUCUGAUAUUUUGUAUUAUGAGGUCUUGGAUAUUCCUUUACCUGAACUUCAAGGUCUGAAAACUCUCAAAGUUGCUUUUCAUCAUGCCACCAAGGAUGAAGUAGUUAUUCACACAAUCAGAUUGCCGAAACAGAGCACUGUGGGGGAUGUUAUUAAUGAUCUGAAGACAAAGGUUGAGUUGUCUCAUCCCAACGCCGAACUGAGAUUGCUAGAGGUUUUCUAUCACAAAAUUUAUAAGAUCUUUCCUCUCCAUGAAAAAAUUGAGAACAUAAAUGAUCAAUAUUGGACUCUACGUGCUGAAGAGAUUCCAGAAGAGGAGAAAAAUCUUGGGCCCCAUGAUCGUUUAAUUCAUGUCUAUCAUUUUAUGAAAGAUGCCUCUCAGAACCAAGUGCAAGUCCAGAAUUUCGGGGAGCCCUUUUUCCUUGUUAUUCAUGAAGGUGAAACACUGGCUGAUGUUAAAUUACGUAUACAAAAGAAGUUGCAGGUUCCAGAUGAGGAGUUUUCAAAGUGGAAGUUUGCAUUUCUAUCUUUGGGUCGUCCCGAGUACCUUCAGGACACUGAUAUUGUAUCCCUUCGCUUUCAGAGGAGAGAUGUUUAUGGUGCGUGGGAGCAGUAUCUUGGGUUGGAGCACUCUGACAACGCUCCCAAAAGGUCCUAUGCAGCAUAUCAGAAUCGGCAUGCACAUGAGAAGCCUGUGAAAAUUUAUAAUUAG